AUGGCUUCUUUGGGGUUAACCCUGCUCAGCCCAUCCGAGACGUUUGCGCUUCUUGGCUUGGUGGUCUUAGCCAUCCUCUGGUAUCUGAAGAUCUCCGGACGACCCUCUCUGAACCUGCCUCCCGGCCCUCCUCCGCUCCCGCUGAUUGGCAACCUGCACUUGAUAAAUAUUAAGCGGCAAGAUAAAUCAUUUAUGAAGCUUUCCGAAAAAUACGGCCCAGUCUUCACGGUCCAUUUGGGUUUCCAGAAGGCCGUGGUGCUGGCGGGCUACAAGGCAGUCAAAGAAGCACUCCUGAGCAACGCCGACGAAUUUGUGGACAGGCCUCCCGUCCCGAUAUUUUAUCGGAUCCAGCAGGGGAAGGGGGUGUUCUUCUCUUCCGGGGAACUGUGGAGAACCACGCGCCGAUUCACCAUGUCAAGCCUGCGGGACCUCGGGAUGGGGAAGAAACUGAUGGAGGGACGGAUGCUGGAGGAACUCCAUUACCUCAUUGAGCUGGUCAAGUCCUUUAAAGGCCAGCCUUUUAAGUUGAGGUCCUUCAACACGGCUCCCACAAACAUCACCUUCACCCUGUUGUUUGGGGACAGGUUUGAUUAUGCCGACUCGACUUUCGUCACUCUGCUCAGGCUGAUAGACGAAGUCAUGAUCCUGCUGGGAUCCCCGUACUUACACCUAUUCAAUUUCUACCCGUUUCUUGGGUUCUUCCUCAAACCCCACAAGAUGAUCCUGAGGAAAGUCGAAGAGGUCCGUGUCAUCCUAAGGAAGCACAUCCAGGCUACCAAGGAAACGAUCAAUGCAAACUACUUGCGCAGCUACACUGAUGCUUUGCUCUUCAGGCAGCAAGAGGAGACGAACAAUGCCGCAAGCACGUUCCAUGACGAGAACAUCCUGGCGUCGGUGCUCGACCUCGUCAUGGCUGGGACCGAGACGACGGCCACCACGCUGCAGUGGUCCGUGUUGCUGAUGAUGAAGUAUCCCGAGAUUCAACGCAAGGUCCAGGAGGAAAUCAAGACGGUCCUGGAACAGGGGCACCUGCCGACCUUGGAUGACAAGAAGCGCCUGCCCUUUUCCAACGCGGUGAUCCACGAGGUGCAACGGUUCGUCACUCUCCUCCCGCACGUGCCGCGCUCCACCGCCGUGGACACGCACUUCCACGGCUAUUUCAUCCCCAAGGGUAUGACCGUGAUCCCUUCGCUCACCUCGGUGCUCCUUGACAAAACUCAGUGGGAGACUCCCGACCAGUUUAACCCCAACCACUUUUUGGAUGCAGACGGCAACUUUGUGAUGAAAGAAGCGUUUCUCCCUUUUUCUACAGGCCGCCGGAACUGCCUGGGUGAGAGUCUGGCCAAGAUGGAGCUCUUCCUCUUCUUUGUGGACCUGUUCCAGAGGUUUUCCUUCCACCCCCCUCCGGGAUCCACGGAGUCUGACUUGGACACGGUCGCCGUGCCGGGAUUCACCAUGCGUCCCCGGGCACAGACGACCUGCGCCGUGCCCUACGAAUAA